UUUCCCUCACACCAACUUGUCGCCUUACCUCCCGAAACGUGCAUUUCAGUUUCGACCCUUUCUAUCCCUCGCUCCCUGUGUUUGCCCAAGCCCGACGACGGCCAGGCUACUAAUGGCGACGCCGGAGGCCGAGGUUACGAUGGCAGCGGCUGGGGAGGAUGUGACAGUACCGGCUACAACAGGAGCAGGGAUGAACGCAACGGUGCCGGCACUUUAUGUCGGUGAUUUGCAUGAAGGCGUGCGGGAGGAGCACCUACUAGAGGUGUUCGGCAAGAUCGGCACCCUCACGUCAGUGCGUGUCUGCCGUGACAACGCCACUAGCAGCUCCCUCAGAUAUGGAUACGUGAACUACCUCUCCCAGUCCGACGCUGCAGCUGCUUUGGAGAAGCUAAAUCAUAGCCUUAUUCUGGAUAAGGCAAUUAGAGUAAUGUGGUCUAACCGAGACCCAGAUGCUAGGAAAAGUGGGGUUGGAAAUGUGUUUGUUAAGAAUCUUAAUGAUUCAGUUGACAAUGGAAGUAUUCAAGAAUUAUUUUGCAAGUUUGGAGAUAUAUUAUCUUGUAAAGUUGCCCGGAAUGAGGAUGGGACAAGCAGAGGUUAUGGAUUUGUUCAGUUUGCAUUGCAAGAGUCAGCCGAUGCUGCAAUUGAAAAUCUUAACAAUUUUUAUUUUUGUCAUAGACGAUUGCAUGUUGCUACGUUCAUUAAGAAGAGUGAACGGUCUACCAAUAAUGAUGACAAAUAUACUAACCUGUAUAUGAAGAAUCUUGACGAUGACAUAACAGAGGAACUUAUUAAAUUAAAGUUUUCUCAAUAUGGUUUGAUAAUAAGUGUGAAGAUAAUGAAGAGAGAUGAUGGGACAUCUAGAGGGUUUGGAUUUGUAAGUUUUCAGAACCCAGAAAGCGCCAAAAAGGCAAAAGAAGCUAUGAAUGGAAUGCUAAUCGGAUCAAAAACCUUGUAUGUAUCAAGGGCUCAAAAGAAAGCCGAAAGGAAACAAUAUUUGCAACGAUUACAUGAGGAGAAGAGAAACGAAAUAAUCAUCAAGAGCAAUGGGUCCAAUGUCUACAUAAAAAAUAUUAAUGAUGAAGUUGAUGAUGAUGCUCUCCGUGAACGCUUCAAUGAAUUUGGAAACAUUACUUCGGCCAAGAUUAUGCGUGAUGACAAGGGAAUUAGCAAAGGAUUUGGAUUUGUAUGUUUCGGUACACCUGAAGAAGCAAAACGUGCUGUAAGCAACAUGCGUGGUGUAAUGUUUUAUGGAAAACCGUUGUAUGUUUCUAUUGCUCAAAGGAAAGAGGAAAGACGAGCCAAACUAGAACAACGUUUUGCUGAGCUUGCAACGAUGGUUGGAACCGCAAGCUCGGUCAUACCCACAGGAUAUCCUCAUUUUUACUUUGCUCAUCCUAGUACACAUAUCCCCCAAGAUCCUUCAAGACAAGGAUUUAUGUAUCCACCCAUUGGGAUCAGUCAAGAAUGGAGGCAUAAUAUGUUUCCCUCACCACAUAAUAUACAACAAAUACAUUCACCAAUUAUUCCAAGUACUCCAAGGCAAUAUAGAAACAACAGAGGAAGGAUGAAUGGAAAUAUGAUGCAUCUUCACCACACCAUGAACUAUUUGCCACACAUGCAACCAACUAAAGAACUCGUGUCCAUGUCUCGACAGCGAUUCGGCCAUGCAAAGUACAUGCCAAAUGAUCUCAUGGCCAAUGGAUUAGCUAUUCAUCAUGGAGACUCUAUUUCAUCGAUGAAUGAUGCUUUUAAUAACUUGUUGGCUACUGCUUCACCCGAUGAACAAAAGAAUAUGCUUGGGAAUAGGCUUUAUCCAUUGGUUGAGAGACAUCAUCCUGAUCUUGCUAGUAAAAUCACUGGAAUGUUACUUGAGCUAGAUAAUUCUGAAGUGGUUAUGAUGAUUUAUUCACCAGACAUGCUAUCUGCCAAAACAGAGGAGUGUGUCAAACUGCUCAAAGCAAUAAAAACAAAACCUGAAGAUCAAGAGGCCAUUCACCCUGGUUUCCUACUAGAUUCUGUUGGUGUAAAUGCUAGUUAAGAGUUCACUACCAAGCCAAGCUUUCCAAAAGUGUUAAAUAUUUGUGUUUAGAGAUGUUAAUUUGAUAGUUGCUCUUUAUUCUCUAGUUUAUGAAAUUAUACUAAUGGGCUUGUUAUAGAACUUACUAACAAUGCCUAUGAUUUAGCUAAAGAUCUCCUGAGUUUUUUUUUCCUAAAUUGAGCUUGAUUUGAAUGUUAAGAGAAUAAAUGAUCCAUGAUGACACGGAUUCCAUUCAGUUUAAUGUAAUUUUUUGGUUUAGUUCUACUUCUGUGGAUGAUUAUUAUUUUUAAAUUUAUAUGCUGCCAAUUUGCUAACUUACAUAAGGUUAGAUGAUGGGUUAGAGACUAUGUAGCCACAGUUAUAGUUUUUUUUCUUCCUUUUCUCUAAGAAGGUCUAGAGGUCAACUUAAGUAAGUCAUUAAAUGUCUUGUAUUUGAUUGGGUACCAUGCAGUAGCAACAACUUUCAUCUGGUUACAUGUUUAUAGACUAUUUUGGUUAUAUUUAGAAUGAAUGCGAUGGUUGUGCUCAAUAUAUACAAGUAUUAUGUACGAUGGUAAUGAUACAUUUGAUUCUAAAAUAAAUAUCACUUUAAAAUUAGGGACCAAGUGACAUUAACU